GUCACACUGAAAAUUAUCAGUAAGAGAGAUUCCUUUGGCAAUGGCGAUGAGGAGAAUUUUUCUGCGGAAGUGUUAUGGUAUUCUCUCUAUAUCUUCCUUUCAUAUUUCACAUUCUUAUUCUUCUGCAUGCCCUAGUAAAGUAAAGGGUAAAGUUGGGUUAAACAGUAGCAAUUUUGACAAAGUAAAGAGUUUAGAUGAUGCUGUGAAUCUAUUCAAUCAAAUGGUUAGAAUGAAACCUCUUCCUUCACUUGUCCAUUUCUCUAAAUUGUUUAACAAUAUGAUAAGUAUGAAGUAUUAUACUGCUGUCCUUUCUCUUUUUCGAGAAAUGCAGAAAUUGGGUAUCCCAAUUGAUGUUUUCAUCUUGAAUAUUGUGCUUAAUAGUUAUUGUCUGAUGCGUCGUUCUGAUUGUGCAUUUUCGGUGUUACCCAUUUACUUGAAGAGUGGCAUUCCAUUUGAUGUUGUUACCUUUAACACCCUAUUAAGAGGAAUCUUUGCUGAAAAUAAGGUCAAAAUGCAGUUGAAUUGUUCAAAAAAUUGGUGAGAGACAAGAUUUGU